GAGCGCAUUUUGUGACGCAGUCAUUGAAUGUUUUAAAUUAAUUAAUUAAUAAUACUAAAUGGAAAACGCGUCGACUUUAAACAAAAGACGCUCACUUACGCUCAGCAGCAGACUACUUCAGAAACGACACAGUGCCUCACCUCAAAGUCGCGUUCGCGCCAGCGCAUCACAGGAAGCUGCAAAUGAUGGAGACUCGCCCAGAUCUUCCGCGGUGAAUAUUGGCGACAAUGUUGAGAGCACGCCGCCCAGCAAAAAGAAUCACACAUUGGACGACAGCCUGGACUUUUCGCCGCGCAACAGCCUCUCGCCCAGCUGCCUGUUCUCUCAGACAUUGGUCAGCGGCAGCCCGGAAGUCGGUUGGCGCUGGAACUGCGAUAAGAAUGGGCGUGGCGAUAAGGUGAACACCACCUCGGACAGCGGCUUUGAUUCGGAAGAGUUCGGGCCGAAUGCGUGCAAGCAGAAGGAUCGACGCAAACAGGUGCGAGACGCAGCCAAUGAGCACAGGCGCAAACAGUUCGAAAGCAGACAAUGGCGGGCGCAGCAGAUACGUGACCAUGAGCUGCUCAAAGAGCGCUGUGACAAGCUGCACAGGCAGCUGUUGGAUCAACAGACUGUGGCACCGGCAGCGACAGCUGAUGCCGAAAUAGCUGCAGGUGCUGUGGAGGAUCCCGCCUUGGCCGAUUUCCUUAACGAUUCCGAUACGGAUUGCUUUCUGAUUGAGGCCUCACAGCAGCUGGAGUCAAAGCUGGCGCCAAAGCAGACGCCGAGGCAGACGCCGGCUGUAACCACGCCCACCAGCCAUCACAAGAGCCACAAGGAGAAGCAGUCCUCGUUCUAUAUGAAGUUUCUGGAGGAUGAAAGCGAAACAGAGGAUUGGUUUCUUGCCCUCGACGAGGCCAUGCUGGAGGCUACAAAUCCCAAGAAGCCGCGCCUCGCCCUGCAGCGUUACAAAUCGAUGCCGAGCAAAACAGCCGGCGAUGACAGCGCUAGCUGCAGUGCGUCCACAGCUAAGCGCUGCAUCAACUCCGCCUCCUCCUCCGCCUCCUGCUCCGCCGCCAAUGCAGGCAUGCCAGUAUCAGAUACGCCACGCAUAAAACGUCACGCCAGCACACACGCCCUGUCGCCCGCUACCUCAAGUGCAAGAGGCAAUCUUUUUGGUAGGCGGCCUUAGACAAUGCCUUGACGCCCACAAUAAAUUGUUCCAACGGCUUCCCAUCUACCUGUACCGAAUGUGAUGCGCAAAAAGUUGGGUGUGCUCCAAGUUUCGCUCGCCUCUUUGUUCCUCGUUAUUUCAUUGGAGAUGUAUACGUUAAUUGAAUCCAUAUACUCUUAAGAUACUUGUUUAAUUAGAAUUGAAGCUCAAUUAAAACUUAAUUGUAAUUUAAACCUGCUGCUCAAUUGCCAUCGAGCCACGGACCAUAUGUUCCAGCUUUUGGAGAUUUGAGAGGUUGGAUUGCGACAAUUGCGCAGGACAAAGCGACAGAGCGCCAGAUUUAAUAUCGAGCGCCUUCCUGUGACGUCGGAGCAUUGUCUAAUGAAGACCCAAACCAAUAAUAUUGUGUGUCCAAACAAGCUUUAUACAAAUUUCAAUGAAUAGUUAUAGUUCUUAAUAAUUAGUAAGGUAUGGUAUUGUUUAGUUGUCGAACUUAAGGUUAUGAUGCAUAAACUAACUAAAUAGUAUUUUAGCUAAGUUAAUGAAUAACCUUUAUAAAUGUACCUCUAAGGCUCCCAAGAGUUUUUU